UAAAACCAUUAUUUACUGUAAAACCUUCUCUUCAUCAAAGACUUCUCCGUUAAAGAGAGAGCGAAAGAUAAGAGCAAAGAAACUUCUUCUCUCCAGCUCUACAUGGAGAGUUAGAGAAAGAUUAAAGAAUUCGAUCCGAUUUUUUUCUUUUCUUUCUUCAGAUCUAAAAAUGGAGCUCAAAACUAUUGUAAUCCUCGCAUUCUUGGCUUCCAUUGCUUCAACUACUACUCUUGUUAUUGCUGAUUCGAUCCAAGGUUGUGGCGGAUUCGUCGAGGCAAGCUCGUAUUUGAAGUCAAGGAAAUCAUCUGAUUCCAAGUUGGAUUAUUCAAACAUCACAGUUGAGCUUCGAACAGUAGAUGGAUUGGUGAAGGAUAGCACACAAUGCGCUCCCAAUGGUUAUUACUUUAUUCCAGUGUAUGACAAGGGUUCGUUUGUAAUCAAAAUCAAAGGACCUGAAGGAUGGUCAUGGGACCCAGAAAAGGUUCCUGUUGUAAUUGAUCAAAACGGUUGCAACGCGAACGCAGAUAUUAAUUUUCGGUUCACUGGGUUCACCUUGUCUGGAAAAGUUAAUGGAGCCGUUGGCGGGGACAGUUGUAAUGUGAAAGACGAAGGACCUUCGAAUGUAAAAAUAGAACUUCUAUCACAUACAGAUGAUCUUGUUUCUUCAACUUCCACAACUGCAGCGGGCAGCUACUUGCUCACAAAUAUCAUUCCAGGGAAGUACAAACUACGUGCAUCUCACUCAGAUCUGAAAGUUGAAGUUAGGGGUUCCUCAGAGGUGGAACUUGGUUUCGGAAAUGGCGUUUUAGAUGACAUCUUCUAUGUCCCUGGGUAUAAUAUCGAGGGGUUUGUCGUUGCGCAAGGUAAUCCAAUCUUGGGUGUUCAUAUAUAUUUAUAUUCAGAUGAUGUCCAUAAAGUGGACUGUCCACAAGGUUCUGGCAACUCUCCCACGCAAAAGAGCUCUCUGUGUCAUGCCAUUUCUGAUGCAGAUGGAAAGUUCAUAUUUAAUUCUAUACCUUGUGGGGUUUAUGAGCUUUUACCAUAUUACAAGGGAGAGAAUACAGUUUUUGACGUGUCUCCUCCAUCGAUGUUGGUCUCUGUUGAGCAUCGUCACGUUGCAGUAACACAAAAAUUCCAGGUCACUGGGUUUUCUGUUGGUGGCCGUGUGAUUGAUGGCUAUGGGGUAGGGGUGGAUGGGGUUGUGAUUAUAGUGGAUGGCCAAGAAAGAGCUACCACUGAUGCACAAGGGCAUUAUAAGCUCGACCAGGUUACAUCCAAACGUUACAAAAUUGUGGCAAAGAAGGAACAUUACCAGUUUGACAAUUUGGAAAAUUUUCUGGUUCUGCCAAAUAUGGCUUCAGUUGCUGAUAUUAAAGCAAUAUACUAUGAUAUAUGUGGUGUCGUUCGUAUGGUCAAUUCUGGUCAAAGAGCUAAGGUGGCAUUGACUGGACCAGAAAACUUUAAACCUGAUUCUAAGUCAACAGAUGAGGCUGGAAGAUUUUGCUUUCAGGUUCCAGCAGGCGAGUACCACUUAGUUGCCAUAGCAGCCGGGGGUUCCUCUGAACUUCUAUUUUUACCUGCUCAGCUGGAUGUUACAGUGAAGAGUCCUUUAUUGAAUGUAGAGUUUUCACAGGCACAUGUGGACAUACGUGGAAUUGUACUCUGCAAAGAGAAAUGUGGUCCCUCUACUCUAGUUUCACUUCGAAGAUCAUCCGGUACACGUAAAGAUAAAAGCCAGCAAGUGAUCUUGACCCAAGAGAAUAAUGAGUUUGCAUUCUCAAAAGUUUCUCCCGGAAAAUAUAAGCUUGAGGUUAAGCAUGAAUCUUCAUCGGACAGCAAUGAAGAUAAAUGGUGCUGGGAGCAGAGUUCUAUUGACGUGGAAGUGCGCACGGAAGAUAUUAAUGGGAUUGCCUUUGUCCAAAAAGGAUACUGGAUUGAUAUAACCUCCACCCACGACGUAGAUGGUUUCAUAAAUCAGCCUGAUACCUCUAUUCUGAAAACAAAGAUUAAGACAGGGGCCCAACGUAUAUGUGUCGAAUCUCCUGGAGUACACGAGCUUCACUUUGUUAAUUCAUGCAUUUCCUUUGGGAGUUCAUUUGUGAAGUUCGACACGUCAAACCCAAUGCCUAUAGUUUUGAAUGGAGAGAAAUAUCUUCUUAGAGGGCAAAUCCAUGUUGAUUCCAGCUUACGUCAUAUUGAAGAUGAGUUAUCAAAGAAUAUCGUAGUGGAUAUAUUAAAUAGUGAUGGCGAAGUUUUUGAUGCUAGCCUAGCUAGCAUAGUGUCAGAUGGCAAUGCUCAAACAAGCACCGCUGUAUAUGAGUAUUCUGUUUGGGCUAAUCUUGGAGAUGUACUCACUUUUGUCCCUCGUGACUCAAGGAAUACUGAUGGAAAGAAGAUCCUAUUUUAUCCUAAAGAACGUUAUGUUUCAGUCACCACUAAUCGUUGCCAAGAUGCUAUUCCUUCCUUUUCUGGUCGUCUCGGAUUGUACAUUGAAGGAUCAGUUUCCCCAACCAUACCUGGUGUUGACAUCAGAGUUGUAGCAGCAGGAGAAAGCAGUAAUGUUCCAUUAAAGAAAGGUGGAUUAGCAAUGAAAACUACAACUGGAUCGGAUGGUUUGUUCGUUGCGGGUCCUCUAUAUGAUGAUAUAGAUUACGCCGUUGAGGCCUCAAAGUCUGGCUACCAUCUCAAACGAGUUGGGCCCACUUCAUUUUCUUGUCAAAAACUCAGUCAAAUUUCUGUACGCAUACAUUCUGAAGAAGAUGCUUCUAACCUAUUUCCUCCCGUUCUACUAUCAUUAAGUGGUGAAGAUGGUUACAGAAACAACUCAGCUAGUGCUCUUGGUGGUUUUUACCUCUUUGAGAAUUUAUUUCCUGGAAGUUUUUAUCUUCGUCCAUUGCUUAAGGAAUACUCCUUCUCACCUCCAGCUCAGGCCAUAGAACUGGGUUCUGGCGAGUCUAAAGAGGUUGUCUUCCAGGCUACACGUGUUGCUUACAGUGCUAUGGGUACGGUAUCCUUACUUUCUGGACAACCAAUGGAAGGCAUUUCUGUGGAAGCACGAUCAGAAUCAAAAGGCUAUUAUGAAGAGACUACAACUGAUUCUUCUGGGAAUUUUCGACUGAGAGGACUUCUUCCUGACACCUCCUAUUCGGUCAAAGUAGCGGCAAAAGAAGACUUCAGAAGCGCAAGAGUGGAACGUGCGUCUCCAGAAUUUGUCGAAGUGAAGGUUGGUACCGAGGACACCAAGGGGUUGGAUUUUGUGGUAUUUGAACAACCAGAGGUGACUAUCUUAACUGGUCAUGUUGAAGGAGACGACCUUGAAGAACUACAAUCACAUUUGUUUGUGGAAGUUAAGUCAGCAAGUGAUCCAUCCAAGAUUUCAAAGGUCCUCCAAUUGCCACUUUCUAACUUCUUCCAGAUUCGGGAUUUGCCCAGGGCUAAGCACCUUUUACAGCUUCAGUAUAGCGCACGAUCAAGCAUCCUGAAAUUUGAGUCUAGCCCCAUCGAGGUGGAUUUAGAAAAACAAUCUCAUUUCCAUAUAGGUCCGAUCAGAUACACAGUCAAAGAGGAUUAUCAAAAGCAGGAAUUAACAUCGGCACCAUUACUUCCUCUAAUUGCUGGAUUAUCUGCAGUCGCUCUCGUUAUCAGUAUGCCAAGGUUGAAGGAUUUAUACCAGUCUAGCAUCGCUUCCUCAGGAUCGUCCAUGAAGAAGGAAAUGCGAAAGCCAAUUAUAAAGAAGAGGACUUAUUGAAGAAUAUAUUAGGUUCACACUUACAAGUUUUGAAUAGUAGUUAGUGUUAGAUUGAUUUAAGCUAAUUUUUGUUAAGUAUUUUCUGAUGAACGAUUUAUUUUGAGUUAGAAAAUCUGUACAUUUCAUGCAUUCUAUACCCACUUCAAAAUUUGUAGUUGGUAAUUGUUGUAAUCUUGUAGCCCAUUUUUCUUUCUACGCUUUGAAAUUAAUGUCCUUUAGAUUCACCAGUCUUCUUGUUUCCUCGUUAAGUUUCUUGGAGUCUGUAUACAUAAUUAAAUGCAACUAACUGAUAUAUUUAUUUUUAUUCUUUUUAUGUA